AUUGACAUUUGGAUCUCCCCAAAAUGGAAGAAGAAAUCAGAAGCCAACAAAAACAAUAGAAACACCAUGAAGAAUGGUAGCAUCUCUAAACACUGUGGAGGAUCAAUCGCAUUUGUCAAUCAUGACGAACGACUGAAAUUAAAGUUAGGUAGGAAGCUAACAAUAGUUGAAUCUUUUAAUCGGACGCAUAAGACAAAGCAAGGCAUGGGAGGAUAUGUAGAUAAGAGAAGUGAAGCUGUCAUGGCAAAGUAUUCAGCUGAAUACUCCAAAAAAUAUGGUGAUGCCUCCACCUCAGAUGCUCCUCCACGUGAUUAUGACUUGUGGUUUGAGGCAACUGGUGUCCCAACUCAUGGCCAUGUCUAUGGCUUUAGUCCCCUAGAGGAUCUCGCUGGAAUUAUUGGGCAAUCAUCAUUCUCUUCCACCUCUACAAGUCAAGCUCCAGAGCUGUACACUCAUGAAGACCUUCUACGUAUUCUUGAGCAGGAAAAAAAAAAUGGCAAGAGGAGGUUCUUCAAAAGAUGAGAGAAGAGAUUGGCUUUGGACCAAGGCAUGCAGAUCGGGGGAGUAAUGGUGAUUCUGGUUCUGCUGAUCAUGCUUCAUUAUGAUUGUUUUUACCUUAGAUGAUAGGUCUUUGCAUUCCUAGGAGGAAUGAAAUCUCUGUUGAU